CAUGAUAUGCUCAGUGCCACAGCUCGCUCUCUUGUGCCCUCACGCAUGUAUUGUGCUGCGAGGAACGGCCGCCCGGGCUUCUCUUGGACGCCUAGAUACUGACGGAGACCUCGGUUGCGACGCGUCUGCUUUCCCCCAUGGGCGUCAGAUGUCAGCGCGUGUCCUCUCGCUGAGAAGGAAGAGGAGGAAAAGAAAUGAGAGGUGCGAGGCUGGCGGUUCGUGAGAGUAAAUAAGUACCCAAAAGCCCAACAUUGUUCCAAGACAUUUUGCGCUUGUCGACGCGUGUGACCCAUGUGACAAACCACGGCGAGUGCAGUGGUUUCCUCGCGGUCUAAGAGCCGGGGUUCGAGACCGAGGACGCCCUAUGAUGUAAGAGCGCAGUGUGAAGUGUGUGAAGUGUCGCUGGCGCUGAGAGGCCAUGGCACACGAUGCCGUCAACCCCGCCGUGGGCCGCAUGUGGCACCUGGACCACAACAACCCUUACGACAGGGCCAUGCGCUCGCAGGUGCGGAGCUACAUGCCCAACCGCCACAGCUACGUGGACCAGACCAGCGCCCUGCCCAACCUGAACCGCCACUACGCGCAGAGCCUCGAGUCCAUGGACAACGGGCUGGCGAGGCCCAUCAAGCCCAUCUCGCCCCACUCCCCCUACGCCCCCCACCUGCCGCAGCCCUCCUCCCACUCCACCCACGCCCUGCACUCCCCCCACUCCGCCCACUUGGCCCACUCCUCCCACUCGCCCCACUCGCCCCACGCGACGCCCUCGCCCCACUUCCCGUCCGCCCCGACCAGCCGCCCGACGAGGCCCGGGAGCAGGUUCUCGAGGUCGGGCCACAGGUCGUCCUCGGGGCGCAGCAGCCGGCCCUCCAGCUUCACCGCCUCCCAGGACGACUUCGUCUUCUUCUCGCCCAACAAGCCGCCUCCCGCAGGAGUGGCCUUGACCAGCAAGGUCCUGCCGGAGGAGAACGAGGACGACGACGAUGACGACGACGACGACGACGAGAACGACGCGCUGUCCAGUGACAAGAGGCUGAGACGGACGGGGAAAGUGGCUGACUACGGGAAGGAAAUUCGCAUCCAUAGGACCCCAAGAAUUGAGGAAAGGAUGAGUACCAGGUUCAGCAAAACUCAAGACUCGACAACUUCUGACAACUUCCAACUGAUAACUUUCAACCGACAACUUCUGACAACUUCCGACUGA